UGACCUGUGCCAAAUUAGUGGGGCGUUUUGAAGCCCCGCGGAGACCCGCUAUAAGCAACUGGCGGUAGAGACGUAGGUGCUCCCUACCUCCUGGUGUGUUGAAAUCCCAGUGGGGUCGAGUCAAGGGAAAAGCCUCCUCUAUCUCAUUGGGCAAUUGGGUUGGUCGCCCAUCUUUGCCCGGUACAUUCUUCCGGGCUUCCAGGAGGACUCUCUGCUUCUCUUCCGAGGUCAACAGGGUCUGCAAAAGCUGCUGACAGUCAUCCCAGGUGGGCUGGUCCCAGCUGUGAUUUAGCUGAUAAAGGGUAUGUCCUGGUGAGGAAGACCCCUCUACUGAUGCAGUGUAUUCUCAUCAGCAAUAGAAGCACCAUGGCAAGUGCUGAAAUUCCAUUAGAUUCAAAAUCCACAGAAAGUUCAGGAGUAAACAUCCUCCAUAAUAGCAAGUCGGCAGAAUCUGGACUAUCUAUAGACUACCUCUAUAAAAUGGACUAUCCAGAAAUGGGGUUAUGUGUAAUAAUCAAUAAUGAGAACUUUCACCCAAACACUGACAUGCCAUCUAGGUCUGGUACAGAUGUUGAUGCAGCACACCUCAGAGAUGCAUUCAAGAGCUUGAAAUAUGAAGUCAGGGAUAAAAAAGAUCUGACAUGUAAAGAAAUAAUAGAAUUACUGUACAAUGUCUCUAAAGAAGAUCACAGCCAGAGGAGCAGUUUUAUUUGCAUCAUUCUAAGUCAUGGUGAAGAAGGAAAAAUCUUUGGGACGGAUGGAUCUAUUGAACUGAAAGAAUUCACAUCUUUCUUUAAAGGGGAUCAGUGCAGAAGUCUAGUAGGAAAAUCAAAGAUUUUUAUUAUUGAGGCAUGUAGAGGCAAAGAAUUGGAUUGUGGUGUUCAGCCAGACAGUGGCACUGAUGACUGUGGCACUCAGGAGAACACGACACGCCAGAAGAUACCUCUUGAGGCAGACUUCUUAUGUGCAUAUUCUACAGCCCCAGGCUACCGUUCUUUGGGAGAUGAGAUGGCUGGCUCUUGGUUUAUUCAGUCACUUUGUGCAGUGCUGAAAGAGCAUGGUCAGAAGCUUGAGAUUAUGCAAAUCCUCACUCGAGUCAACAGGAAGGUGGCCCUGGAGUUUGAGUCUAAGAACUCAGAGGUUCCCUCCCAUACAAAGAAGCAGGUGCCAUGUAUUGUGUCCACGCUUACUAAGGAACUCUUUUUUUCCUCCUAA